UCGCAGCGCGCGUGCCCCUCCGCGCCGUGUGUGUUUGUGUGUGUGUCUUGGUGUGAGUGCGCCAGUGCGCGCACGUGGAGCGGUGUGCGCCAGCGUGUGCCGCCGUGCGGCGACGCCGUUUGUGACAAAGUGCAGAGGAUUAUAUCGCAGUGUGGCAAAGUGAUUGUGACCAAGUGACAGUGAGUGCGACAUGGCGGAGACCUAGCCGGCGAGCCUCCCCUGCUGCCACACGGAAUACGACUCGGUGACGCGGCGACGCCGCGGCCCCCUGCAAGAUGAACCAGCAGUGCAAAGUGUGCGGCGAGCCGGCGGCGGGCUUCCACUUCGGCGCCUUCACGUGCGAGGGCUGCAAGUCCUUCUUCGGCCGGUCCUACAACAACCUGGGCUCCAUCACCGAGUGCAAGAACCAAGGGUCGUGCGUCAUCAACAAGAAGAACCGCACGUCGUGCAAGGCGUGCCGGCUGCGCAAGUGCCUGCUGGUGGGCAUGUCCAAGAGCGGCUCGCGGUACGGCCGCAGGUCCAACUGGUUCAAGAUCCACUGCCUGCUGCAGGAGCAGCAGCAACAGCAGCAACAGCAGGCGGGCCAGCAGUCGUCGCCGGGCUCGGGGCACAAGAGUCCUCCCCCUCAACUAGGUAUGCUCGGCCCUCACGCGCUGCACCAGGUGCUGUCCCGCGCCUCCACCAAGGAGGACCUCCUCAUGCUGGGCAUGGUGGACGAGUACAAGCACUCCGAGCACGCCGCCUCCUCGCCCAGCGGCUCCUCGCCUGAGUCGCACAACUCGGACACCUCCGUGGAGGUGGGCGACGGUCGCCUGGGAGGCCACCGCGGGCACCACCCUGGCCACGGACUGAGCCACGGACUGAGCCACGGUCUUGGCGGCCUCGGCGGCCUCGGCGGCGCGCUGCCUCCCUUCCCGGCGCGGCCGUCACCGCUGCAGCACGCGGCGGGGCCACCC